AUGCGCUGGAUUUUUCCCGUACCAGUUCUCCUCAUGUCAUGGUUUGGUGUGGACCAAGUAAAAGCGAACUCCUGCAUUCGUACUGCAUUAUGGACUCUUACACUCACCCCUCUAAUUCAAGCCGAAUGCCAAACUCGAACGAUAUAUUGCUAUGAGUGCGACAGCUGGACGGACCCACGGUGCAAGGACCCUUUCAACUACACUGCGCUUCCUCGCGACCAGCCACCACUUCAGACUUGUAAUGGGUGCUGCGUCAAGAUGGUGCGGUAUUCUAAGAGUCCAUACGAGGUCGUCCGUCGAACUUGUACAUCUCAACUUCAAAUCAACUUAUUCAUGGUGGACCACGUUUGCAUGAUGGAAAGUACAGGCAACGGCCACAUGUGUUUCUGUGAGGAGGAUAUGUGCAACGGCGCGUCGACUGUCUCUAACACGUUAGCGCUCGCACUGGUCUUGCUAGCAUGUGCAUGCUGCAGGUGA